UAUAAUAUAUAUAUUUUAAGAUUUUCGGAUUGAGGUUACCUAUUAAGUCACGAUAGCUCCUGUAACAACUCUCUCUUGAUUAGUGAAGAAGAAGAAGAUUAGAUUGCACUGACCAUGUCAGAGGAAGAAAUCGAUCCACGUCCCAUCGCAUUAAUCAUUUUCCUAAUCUUAAUUACAGGUAAGGUUGUUAAUGGUGUUGGAGAUUCAAUAGAGACUGAUAAACAAGCAUUGCUCAACCUGAAAACACACCUUGAAGAUCGAAAUCCCCAGAACAGAGGACGAUACGCCGAAUGGAACCAACAGAAUUCUUCGCCGUGCGAUUGGCCGGGAAUUUUUUGCUCCGGCGCUCGAGUCACCAAAAUCGACCUCUCCGGGAGCCAAAUCGCUGGCGACAUGUUCGGAAACUUCUCGUCCUUGACCGCCCUCACGCACCUAGAUCUCUCGAGGAACACCGUCGACGGAGCCAUUCCGGCCGACCUAGGCCAGUGCCAGAACCUCAAAUAUCUGAAUUUGUCUCAUAACAUCAUCGGUGGAGUGCUUAACUUGACCGGACUCAGCAGCUUGGAGGUUCUCGACCUGACUGUCAAUAGAUUUAGCGGCACAAUUCAGUUGAGUUUUCCGGCGAUUUGUAACCGUUUGAUUCUUGUAAACAUUUCGGCAAACAAUUUCACCGGCGAGAUUGGUGAUCUUUUCUACGAAUGCCCGGAAUUGCAGUAUCUUGAUCUGAGCACCAACAAUUUUAGUGGAGAUGUAUGGCUAGGGUUUGGGAAGCUGAGAGAGUAUGCUAUAUCUGAGAAUAAUUUCAAUGGCAUUAUUUCGCCGUCGAUUUUCUCAGGAAAUUGUAGCCUAAAAGUUCUGGACUUGUCAGGAAACUCAUUUGUUGGAGAAUUUCCCAAGGAAAUUUCAAAUUGUAAGGAUUUGGUGAUUUUGAAUCUGUGGGGAAACAACUUCACAGGGAAAAUUCCGGCAGAAAUUGGAUCGAUUUGGGGUCUUGAAGGGCUUUACUUGGGGAGCAACAAUUUUUUCAGAGAAAUUCCGGAGUCUCUUUUGGGUUUGAGUAAGUUGGCCUUUUUGGAUAUCGGCAAGAACAAUUUUGGGGGAGAUAUUCAAGAAAUUUUUGGGAAAUUCAGGCAGGUGAAGUUUCUUGUAUUACAUAAUAAUUCAUAUACCGGGGGGUUAUACACCUCUGGAAUUCUCAAGUUGCCGAUAAUUGAGAGGCUAGACCUGAGCUUGAACAAUUUUUCGGGGUCAUUACCAGUUGAAAUUUCUGAAAUGAUGAGCUUGAAGUUCUUGAUUCUUGCAUACAAUAACUUCUCCGGCAAUAUACCACCUGAAUAUGGAAAGUUGACAGGCCUUCAAGCUCUUGAUCUCUCCUUCAAUCAGCUAAACGGCUCAAUACCACCAACCUUCGGAAAUUUAAGUUCUCUUUUGUGGUUGAUGCUUGCGAACAAUGCAUUAACAGGUGAAAUCCCACUGGAGUUGGGGGAUUGUAAUAGCUUGUUGUGGUUAAACCUCGCGAACAAUCAACUUUCCGGGACAAUCCCACCUGAGUUGACAAAUAUUGGUUUGAAUGCAACUCCAACCUUCCAGUUAAAUCAGAAAAGUGAUGGAAUUGCUGCUGGUUCUGGUGAGUGCUUGGUAAUGAGGAGGUGGAUUCCGGCAGACUAUCCUCCUUUUAGUUUUGUGUAUACAUUGCUUACAAGGAAGAGUUGCAGAAACCUUUGGGAUAAGUUGCUGAAAGGAUAUGGUUUAUUCCCAGUGUGUGCGCCUGGCUCAACUGUCCGGACAUUUCAGAUAUCUGGUUAUCUCCAACUUAGUGGGAACCAAUUAUCCGGUAAACUCCCUCUUGAGAUUGGUAAGAUGCAGAAAUUCAGUAUGCUGCAUUUGGGUGAAAAUAAAUUCAAUGGUUCUCUCCCUCCAGAGAUUAGUCAAAUGCCACUUGUAGUCCUCAACAUUUCACAGAACAAGUUUUCUGGUGAAAUUCCAAUGGCAAUUGGUGAUGUCAAAUGCUUACAAAACCUGGACUUGUCAUAUAACAAUUUCUCAGGCACGUUCCCAACCAGCUUGAACAACUUGAAUGAGCUCAGCAAAUUCAACAUCUCAUACAAUCCCAACAUUUCUGGUGAGAUCCCCACAACUGGGCAAUUGGCAACAUUUGAGAAAGAGUCCUACUUUGGCGACCCAUUGCUGCUCCUUCCACCUUUCAUUAAAAAUUCCACUGAUGUUUCACCAGCAAACAAGAAUGAAAAGGUAAAGAAGCCUACGAAAUUGGGUGCAUUUUUGGUGUUCUUAGCUCUACUAGUGGCUUUCUUAGUAUGUGGUGUCAUGACACUCAUAGUCUGCCUAUUGAUAAAGAGCCCAGUAGACGAGCCAGGAUAUCUCUUGGAGGAUGUGAAGGGUGGGAAGGUGUUCAUGUCAAGUUCAAGUGGAUCUUCUCCAUGGUUGUCAGAUACUGUUAAGGUCAUCCGUCUGGACAAAACAGCAUUUACACACGCUGACAUCUUGAAAGCUACAGGAAACUUCUCGGAGGACCGAAUUAUUGGAAGGGGAGGAUUUGGAACUGUGUAUCAAGGAGUAUUGCCUGAUGGGAGAGAAGUUGCGGUGAAGAAGCUGCAAAGAAAGGGUAUUGAGGGGGAAAGAGAGUUCCGAGCUGAAAUGGAGGUUCUAAGUGGCAACGGCUUCGGUUGGCCACACCCGAAUCUUGUGACACUUUAUGGAUGGUGCCUUGAUGGGUCAGAGAAAUUAUUGGUUUAUGAGUACAUGGAAGGUGGGAGCUUGGAGGAUCUUGUUUCUGAUCGAACAAGGCUGACAUGGUGGAGGCGUAUCGAUGUGGCAUUAGAUAUUGCGCAUGCCUUGGUGUUUCUACACCAUGAGUGCUUCCCUGCUAUUGUGCAUAGAGAUGUCAAGGCUAGCAAUGUCCUCCUCGAUAAGAAUGGGAAGGCCUGUGUCACAGAUUUUGGUCUGGCUAGGAUUGUUGAUGCUGGAGAUAGUCAUGUCACGACAAUGGUGGCUGGCACAGUAGGUUAUGUUGCACCAGAAUAUGGUCAGACAUGGCAUGCCACUACAAAAGGUGACGUGUACAGCUUUGGGGUACUGGCAAUGGAGCUAGCGACUGGGAGGCGAGCUCUGGAUGGAGGGGAAGAGUGUCUAGUAGAAUGGGCCAGAAGGGUCAUGGGAUAUGGACGAAAUGGAUUUAGUCGAACCAUCAUACCAGUUGCCCUUUUGGGAUCUGGGCUUGCAGAGGGGGCAGAGGAAAUGUGUGAGUUGCUUCGGAUUGGAAUAAGGUGCACAGCAGAGUCGCCACAAGCUAGGCCAAACAUGAAGGAGGUGCUAGCUAUGUUGUUUAAGAUCUCAGGCAGCCGGGGGAAUUUCACUUCCGUAUCCUCUUCUUCCUCUUGUAGUGAAAGCUUGAAUAUAAGUGUCCAUAGUUCAAUUUGUAUGUAGGUUUACACACAAAGUACAUCAAGUAUAUUCAUGUGUAGCCUUCAUGCUAUUCUUCUUGUAGAAAGCAUUCAUCAUUCCUUGUUUUAAAGAAUUUUCUCAAUUUUGAUCACAGAUAUCUUUUUGAGACUUUGUAGCAACUUUGUAAAAGAAUUCCCAAUUGAAAUUUUAUUAGAAC